AUGCUCUGCGAGCACAGAGGUCACCCGCGCCGGUGUCUCCCCACGUGUGUAGUGCACUAAGGGCAUCAUGAUUUAGAGAUGGGGGCUCGCGUGACCCGCGCCUUCAGGAACUUCAACGUGGAGAACCGAGCGGAGCGGGAGAUCAGCAAGAGGAAGCCCUCCAUGGCACCCAAGCACCCUUCCACCCGCGGCCUCCUGCGAGAGCAACUGAGUCAGUUUCCAGAAAUCGAAGAAGACGUUUCUAGAAAAGAUAACAAGCUGCUGUCAUUACUAAGAGAUGUAUAUGUGGAUUCCAAAGAUCCGGCGCCUUCCUUGCUGGUAAAAAAUGUUAUACCACAGAAGGAACCAGAGGAAUUCAGACUGCCGAUAGGAAAUCACUUUGAUAAGAAUCUCAUGGACAUUCCCAAAGGCAAGGUUACGGUUGUGGAGGCAUUGACCCUUCUCAAUAACCAUAAACUCUCUCCAGAAACAUGGACCGCUGAGAAAAUCGCCCAAGAAUACCAUUUAGAACUGAAGGAUGUAAAUUCUCUUCUCAAAUAUUUUGUUACUUUUGAAGUCAAAGUCUUUCCUCCUGAAGACAGGAAAGCAAUACAAUCCAAAUGAAGAAAAUCACAAAACAAUUUCCUGUGGGCACUCCCAAGCUCCCUGUCCUUGUUUUUCAUGUAUUCAAUUAUACAAGUUACUGUGAGUUGAAGACCAUAACGUUGAGAGCUCUUUGACCUCUUCAGGGUUGUUCAUAUAAUUUUUUUUUAAAUUUAUGUAUGUGUAGUUCCUGGGUAUAUGUUGGCAGUAUUGAUCAUGUGACCCAAAUCAUUCAAUAUUAAGUUUUACUUUCCAGUUGAGGUUGGUUUGUUCUUUGUAGGAGACAUUGAAAUCAAGAACCCUCCUGACUCCUAUGGGACUGGCAUUGUGUUAGAGACAGAUAAUCAGCAGGGAGACACAGUGACUGUAUUUCCCAAGUGAAGAAAGAGGAGACUGAGUGCAAAGGAAGGAAAAUAUAUAUUACUACUCUAGAGAUUAAAAAAAUCUAUGAGGUUUUCUAAAAUGUUUUAAAUUGGUUAUAAAUAUGAAAUCACUUUUUAGAAGAAUUAGUAGUGUCUGUGACUUGCUAGCUGUCUCUUUUGACAAAUAGAAAUACAUAACUUGAAGAGUUUUCUGAGAGGCAAUACUUAAGGCUAUUUGAGCAAAUAAUUUAGAAAUGAGAGAAAUAAGAGGAUCCAAUUUGAUAACCAAAUGUUUCUACCUGUUUUCAUUCUAGGAGAAAAAAUAGCUAGUAGAAGUAUAAAAUAAAUCCCUGAGUGGACCUAGGAAGUUACCAAUUCAUUCACUUAAACUCUGGAGCCUGACACAUUCAAGUAAUAGAAUCUCAGAUGAGGUAAUAUGAGUGUGGCUCAUUCUGGCAUGUUAUACCUGUAGGUUCUUGGCUGUACUGUUUGACCUCUCUGAAAUUGAAUUUCUAUAAAAGUAUAACUGCCUUAUGUAAAUUUCAAGACAGCAGUGAAGAUAAAUGACAAAAGACCAGGCAAAUACAAAGUCUUGUAGUUAAAAAUGGGUGUAAAACAUACAAUGGAGUUGUCUGUAGUUUAUGAUGCAAGGAAACCAGAAUUUAGGGUCUCAGAAUCCUACUAGUACUUUUACUUAUUCUACCAAAAUGAAACACUUCAAGAAGACAGAAUGGAGUUGGAAUUGGGCUUGUCCAUAUUCUUUCAAGGGAAUACACAGACAUCCUUGCCUCGAGAUUCCCCUGGAAAUGAUAUGGAAGAUGAGAGGAAUCCAGCAUGGUGAUGGAGGAAGGCAGAUGUAACAGCAGAGAUGGGAGAUGAAUGGAAAGUUUGUAAGCUUUUUCAGAUCUAGUUCCAGUGAAUAAAGUACCUACUUAUUUGUAGUUCAAUACAGAAGUUUAAGAGAACAUGCUAAUUCUAAUCAUUGCAAAUUAUAUUGGAAAAUGCAGUCAAAACCAUCUUUAAUUCAAAAUGAAUAUGUGAAUCAGUAGUACUGACUCAUGUUUCCUGGGUGGCUAGCAGAUGUAAAUAUGGUUUCUUCUCUGGUAUCACACAA